CGACUUUUUGGACUGGGGCAGCUUAAUCGAUUUGCCUGCAGAGAACCAUCGGCUUAGCCCGAGUUGGAGAGAAAAAAAAAAUAAAACAAGUUUCGCGAUUUACUCUCAUCCCCAAAACUCACUAAAUCUUAUAGCCAACCUGAACCCCCCGUCACCUCGAGCUUUGGAGCAUUCCACAUCAGCAAGCAAGCAAGCCUCUCAGCUAAAGAUACAAAAGAAAAAUUACAUUCAUCCUCCAAAAUGGCUGUUGCAACGAGUGACGCGCAACUUUUCGAGGGUGUCUUCAAGGUCACCGAGGUCAACCAGCAAAAGUACGACCGCGUGGCGCGCAUAUGGGCACGUUCCGAUGCAUCGACCGACCUGAUGGACAUGACCCUCGACAUCAACACCGAGCUGUUCCCCAUGUCCGAGGGUGAGGUUUUCCGCGUAGUCCUGGCCACAUCCUUGUCGCUCGACGGCAGCAAGGACGACGACAAGGCUGGCUGGCGCGAUGCCACCAAGCUCGGCGGCCCGGCGACCCUGGCCGACAGCUUCGACUAUGUUUGCCACGGCAAAAUUUACAAGUUUGAGGAUUCCGAGGAUGGCGACAACAUCAAGGCGUAUAUCUCCUUCGGUGGGCUUUUAAUGUGCCUCAAUGGCCCUUACAAGAAGCUCACCCCUCUACGCGUGGACUAUAUCUACUUGCUCAUCAAAGGAAACAAGGAUUAAACCGAGUUUCGCGUAAACAAUCCACAAAACACGAUGCGAGUAAAAGCCGUUCGACAUAACCAUAUACCCGAUUCGCCAAAUUAAGCGAAUCACCAAGAACCCUUCAUCGCCAGAACCUUCACAAGCUUGAUACGGACUCGCAAUGAUAUUGUUUCUGAGAUGGAUGAGGCUGCUACAUGUGGGAAUCUAGUGGAUGACGUGAGGCCUUUUGUUCCGCCAAGAAACAGCACUGAGUGCAAAUCCACUGGGCGAGGUACCGGUAGUUCCGGGAUGCCCGACUGAUCAUAUCUCAUUGUUCCCGGGUAUUUGCGAGUGUCCAUAUGCAUUUUGGAUAGUGGUCUGUCAGGUCUGUGGGUAACCCCACAGCACAAGCUGCCUCAGCUCGCGGCCUGCAGAUGAGGACCAGGGAAGGAUAUUACUCUGUGCAAUCUCCGAUCAAUCUCAUCCAAGUGCGGCUCGUUCUGCUGUGUCAGGAUACCAUGGCGGAUAAAAAAGUCGACUAGGACGGCGGCGCAGUUGGGCUUGAACCGUCCUGAAGCCAUGUCCUCCCGAAUCUCGUCGACGGUGCACAGGCGGAAGCUCUCCACUUCGCCGUCCUUGGGCUUGGGGACCACGCUCCCGUCAGCAGGUAGCUCUAAAUCAUACACCCACUGGCACUCCGGAUACACAUAACCAGCCUCGCCUGUCCGAUCGUCCGUGAUGUAGAUGUA